CUCCAGGGUGUAAAACGGAAGGGUUCGGAAUUUGCCUCUGCGCCGUCUUUUUUUGCCUGUUACCUGUGACGUCCUUGAAAAUGAAAAGCUUUCUUAAGACAAUAGGACAGGCCGGGUGCGGUGGCUCAUGCCUGUAAUCCUGACACUCUGGGAGGCCGAGGUUGGCGGAUCACAAGGAAGCAGAAUCUGAAACUUUCUGAGGAGAGCAUUUGAGCUUCAGAUUUCUAACAGAUCUUCAUUCCUGUUUGUAUUACCAUCUGAACUCCAGAAUCAAUCCUCUUUGCAACAAAAUAGACCAGUAGCUGAAGUCAACUGCAAUCCUUCAUGAUGUUUCCCUUGGCCAGAAAUGCACUAAGCAAUCUCAAGAUUCGAAGCAUUCUGCAAAGUAUGGCAAGACAUAGCCAUGUAAAACACUCACCAGAUUUUCAUGAUAAAUAUGGUAAUGCUGUGCUAGCCAGUGGAACCGCUUUCUGUGUUGCUACAUGGGUGUUUACAGCCACUCAGAUUGGAAUAGAAUGGAACCUAUCCCCUGUUGGCAGAGUUACCCCAAAAGAGUGGAAACAUCAGUAACCAUCACAGUUGCUGUAAUGACAGAAUUGUUUAAAAAAACCAACUUGUCAUGUAAGCACUCUACUGCUUAUUAAAAUAUAGCAAAAUUGAAAAAAUAAAAUGUGUUUUAAAUCUUUAAAAA